GUUGUGAUAAACUUAUUAAAUAGACAAUAUGACAGCGUUUUUAUUAAGUUUGUCUUGAUAAGAUGUUAAAAUCAAUCCCUAGGGUCGGUAGUUGUCGCAUUUGUCAGCGUACUUUAAAAAUAUGUUCCAAGCGAAGUAAGUCUUCAGUGGCGGCACCGUUAGUGCAGCAGGUUGAAGAUGUCAAACGACCCAAAGAUAUAAAGCUUGAGGAUAUUCGCAACAUUGGAAUAUCUGCUCAUAUUGACAGUGGUAAAACUACUGUAACUGAACGCCUGCUUUAUUAUACCGGAAGGAUUGAUUCCAUUCACGAAGUCAAAGGUAAAGAUGGAGUGGGUGCAAAAAUGGACUCAAUGGAACUGGAGAGACAGCGGGGCAUCACAAUCAAGAGUGCCGCCACUUACUUCACCUGGGGCAAGCAUGCAGUCAAUGUGAUUGACACUCCGGGACACGUAGAUUUCACCAUCGAAGUCGAAAGAUCUCUUAGGGUUUUAGACGGUGCCAUUCUGGUUUUGUGUGGCGUAGCCGGAGUGCAGAGUCAAACAAUGACUGUGAACAGACAAAUGAAAAGAUACAAUGUGCCUGCGGUUGCCUUCAUCAACAAACUAGACAGAAUGAAUGCAAACCCAGAAAGAGUCAGUGCCAUGUUACAGCAGAGGUUAUUACAUAACACCGGAUUUAUUACGUAUCCUAUUGGCAUUGAGAAAAAACUCAGCGGUGUGGUUAAUGUCCUGGACGACUAUGCUAUUUAUUUUGACGGCGAAAACGGUGAACUUCUCAGAUUCGAAGAGAUACCAAAAGAUUUAAGAGAGAAAACGAAAGACUUGAAAUCACAACUGGUUGAAAGUUUGACGAAUGUAGAUGAUGAAAUAGCAGAGAUUUAUUUGAACGAGAAGACACCAACAGAUCAUCAGAUUCGUGAAGCGAUUCGAAGGUGUUGUGUAAAAAGAACUUUCACGCCAAUUUUAUGCGGCUCUGCCUUGAAAAAUAUUGGAGUACAGCCGUUGUUAGAUUCGGCGUGCGAGUUUUUGCCUAACCCGUCGGAGGUGGAAAAUUAUGCGUAUGAUAAUUCAAAAAAAGAAGCGCAAGAGGAGAAAGUUCAGCCAGUGAGAAUAAAAAUGAAUCCUGAAAGGACAAAAGACAACGAUAUGGUUGCACUUGCUUUCAAAUUGGAGGCCAAUAGAUUCGGGCAGUUGACUUAUUUCAGACUCUAUCAGGGCUCCUUGACAAAGGGCGACAUGUUCGUCAACACUAGGAGUGGAAAGCGUAUCAGAGUAAACAAUUUGGCCCGGAUGCACUCAAACGAAAUGGAACAAGUGGACCAAGUGUUCGCAGGAGACAUUUUUACAAUUCCUGGUCUGGACUGUGUGUCUGGAGAUACUUUUGUGUCCAGUGCUCAGAUGGUGGAUGUGUCGAUGGAGAACAUAUUCGUGCCGAAGCCAGUGGUCUCGAUGAGCAUCACUGUCAAGAACCAGAAACAGGUGGACAACUUCUCAAAAGCCAUCAACAGGUUCCAGAAAGAAGAUCCAACAUUUGUGUGUCAUCGAGACGCGGAGAGUGGGGAGACUAUUGCAAGUGGGAUGGGAGAGCUGCACUUGGACAUCUAUGCACAGAGGAUGGAGCGAGAAUACGGGUGUCCAGUCACUCUUGGCCAACCCAUGGUCAAGUUUAGAGAGACUAUCCAGGAGCGCGUGCCAUUUGACUAUCUGCACAAGAAACAGUCAGGAGGACAUGGGCAGUACGGUAGAAUUCAAGGCUACUAUGAACCACUGGCGGGAGACAGUUUCCUCGAAGUGGAGUUUGUAGACCAGGUGAAGGGAGCUGCUAUUUCGAAGAAUUUCAUGAAGGGCAUCGAGAGGGGCUUCCGAGAUGCGUGUGAGGAGGGUAGCUUUACCGGCUCAAAGAUCACUGGAAUCCGGAUGGUACUGGUGGACGGAAUGGAGCACCCUGUGGACUCUGGUGAGAAGGCGUUCUACAACUGUUCGUUUCUGUGUAUGAAGCAGUUUUAUGACAUCUCUGACAGACAAGUGAUUGAGCCUAUCAUGACAGUCGAAGUUUCAUGUCCAUACGAGUUCAGCUCACAGGUACAAGGUAGUAUAGUAGUCAGAGGAGGAGAUAUCUCGAAUGUGGAGGGAUCGAGUGACACUUCGUACAUUGAAGCCGAGGUACCUCUGAGUAAUAUGUUCGGAUACAUAUCGGAGCUGAGGUCUCUCACCGAGGGCAAAGGAGACUUCACUAUGGAGUACAAGUGCUACAGACCAGUGGGAGCAGAUACAGAAGAAAGACUGAUCCAAGAGUGGGACGAGGCAGGCAGAGUGUAUAAGAAGAAAUUCCACACGGACUAAAUUAAUAUUGCUGUCACAACGAUCACAAAAGCUGACAACUUUUAUUGCAAAUGUGUGUUUUUCUAGAAAUAAGCUGCUGUUUUAAAUAGAAUGGACGUCAGAAGAAAUUAUGUGUUCUUGACUUCUUAGAAACAAUGGAAAUGUCUAUAAAAUAAUGAUUGACAGCUGAGCUGUGGAAAUAUUUUUUAACUGAAAAAAUAAAAU